AUGGCCAACUACCACAUGCCGGCCGGUCAAGGCCCACCGCACAUGCAGCAGAUGCAUCCUCACCCUCGGCGGGACUUCAACCCAUAUCAACACCACAUGCCCCCUCAGUCGCCUGGCAUGCACCCCUAUGGAGGAUACCCGCAUCCUUCUCAGUACUACCAGCACCCCCACGGGCCGCCCCAGCAAUUCACUCCUCAAAGAUGGCAACAUCCAUACCCGAAUCCGCAAGCCUACAUGCCACCUCCUCCGCCCCAACAACCUCAACCCCAACACCAACAGCAAAUACCCUACCAACCGCGCUCGCCGAUGGUCGUCUCCUCCCAGCCUUACGCUCAGCCCGUGACACCCUCGGCUCGACAACACCAAGUCCCUCCGCCGCACAUGAUGCAUCAUGCUUCACAUUCACCGCGGCCUGGCCUACAACAAACGCCAUCGUACACACACGCACCAGUCGCGCCUCCCUCACCCGCCCCUACUCCAAAGCACGAUAUCGCGCCGACCCCGAAGCAAGAGGAGGUCAUGCCUAAUACUACAUCGCAAAUGGCAGCCACAACUCCAGCGCCGCCAGUGCAGGCUCCGCGCGCAGCGCCUGUCGACCCGCUUUCGCUGCCAGCCGAGCACAGAAUGCCGGCGUAUCCCCGCUUACCAUGGUAUUCACACGAGGGCGGCGCAGCUUCCUUCCCGGCAAGAGCGACAAGGCGGCGCAGACGGAGGCAGAAUCUAGAUGACGUCGAGACCGUGGCACUUCCAGCUAUGCCGGGAGGAGAGGUUGAAGCUAAAGAGCAGGCUGGCGAAGAGGCUGCAUCGGAAACAUCUACAAUACCAGCACCUUCCGAGCCCGAAACACCCGCUACCUCUCAGGCUCCCUCUGAGAGCGACUAUACCGCACGCUCCGUUCCAGCUACGCCAACCACAGCCGCGAAUGCCUCACCCAAGCCAACACCUGCGCCUGCUCAACAUGCGCGCAGAGAUACCCGGACUGCGAUAGCUGUUCCUAACAUCCCCAGCAUCAGCAGACCUAAGCCUUCUACGCCCACGACUUCUGAGCAGCAGAUUACAUCACCCGCAGCGCAAGCUGCCACUACGCCUACACUGGAAGAGCAGAAGCUGGAAGUAGCAGACGGUGAAGAGGCAGCCGAGGAUACCGCAGCGCCUGCUGCCCCAACACCGAAGCCUGCGCCAAAGUCGUGGGCUGACCUUGUGCGCCGCAAUGCUCCUCCAGCUUCUGCUUCUGCUGCACUCAACGGCGCCUUCCUUACCAAUGGCUUCCAGGUCCCGAAGAGCGCGUCCCUCGCCGAUGCUCUGCGCCAGUACAACGUUCAGAACAAUCCCACCCUCACCUUCCUCGAACCUCGCGGCCUUGUAAAUACGGGCAAUAUGUGUUAUAUGAAUUCGAUUCUCCAAGUUUUGGUCUUUUGCGUUCCGUUUUACAACUUCCUGGACCAAGUUCGCCAGCGAACGGUCCACUCCAUGAAAAGCGAUACCCCACUGGUUGAUGCCAUGAUUAUGUUCAUGAGGGAAUUCAAGGUUCUUGCAAGCGCGGAGUCUACGGAUGGGCUGCGCAUGCAGUUGGGUCAGCAGAAGCUGGAGCAGUACGGCGAGCCUGUAAUACCCCAAUACGUGUACGAUGCCAUUGCGAAGUUGGAGAGGUUUGUGAGCAUGAGGCGCGGGCAUCAGCAGGAUGCUGAGGAGUUCUUUGGGUUUCUCUUGGAAGGUCUCCAUGAUGAGUGUGUCUCUGUCAUGAACGGCGUCAGGGAUGAGAGUGGCGUGGACAGCAGCGUCACUUCGCCAGAUACAGUCACCUCUCCUGGUGGCGCCGAAGGGUGGUUGGAAGUUGGUCCGAAGCAGAAGGCUUCUGUCACCCGCACAGCAGGUCAGCAAGAUGCGCCAUCACCGAUCACGAAGAUCUUCGGUGGACACUUCAGGUCCGUCCUGCGUGUGCCUGGCAACAAGGACUCAGUGGUGCUGGAGCCGUACAAGCCUAUACAACUCGACAUUGGCGCACCACACGUCAACAACAUUAUCGAUGCGUUGAAGGGAUUGACUCGGACUGAGAUCCUGACGGGUGACUUCGGUGGCAAGGCCACUGGCGCCAAGAAGCAAGUGUUCAUCGACACUUUGCCUCCAGUGCUCAUCCUCCACCUUAAACGCUUCCAAUACGAAAACAGCAUGACCGGCACCCAGAAGAUCUGGAAGAAGGUCGGCUACCCGCUGGAGCUGGAGAUUCCCAAGGACGUCUUCCCACCCAGCUCGCGUGGCGGUCUUGCAGUCAAGGGCGGCCUCCCCAGAUACCGCCUCACUUCCGUCGUCUACCACCACGGCAAAUCCGCCGCCGGCGGCCACUACACCGUCGACAUCCUGCGCGAAGACGGCCGCGAAUGGGUCCGCAUCGACGACACCGUCAUUCGCCGCAUCCGCCCCGAAGACGUCGCCGAAGGCGGCUCGGAAGAAGACCCGAAGCUCCUCGCCAAAGCUCUUGAACAGCACAAAGCUGACCAGGACCUGCAGAAGCAAAGGAACAUGUACCAGGGGCUCGAUGAGGCAGAGAAGGAGCCCGAGGAGGAGAAGCCGUGGUCGGAGGUCAAUGGCAACGUGCCGGGGCAUCGCAAGUGGAGUAGUAUUGCGAACACGAACACGAAUGGGACGGCGACGCCGACGAGUGGGGGGAAGAAGACGCCGCAGGCGAGGAGGGAGGGGGUGAAGGAUAACAAGGUCGCUUAUAUUCUGUUGUAUGAGCGGAUCGGGUCGUGA